CUCCCGCCACACGGGGGCGGUGAAUCCCGCUGCCUCCGUAUAAAAAGCUAAACAACAACCUCUCCGUUUGGCUUCUUGUUAAGUUUGUCAGUCGACAUUUCGAAGUCGUGUCUAUUUUACACGAACUGUUUUGAGUUAUCACAUCUUUAUUUUUGUCGUUACGUCGCCAACUUUGCUAUAAAAGUGGAAAACGGACAGGAAACGGUCACUUCUCAGCGCUACGUGUUUAGCUAGCAGCAGCUAGCCGGCUGUAGCUUCACCUUAAAGCUCCGCCGUUACCGUUACCGGCUUGUCGAAGACUCCGCUGUCGCUCCAGCUACUCCUCGGCAGCGUCGGACUCGGAGAAGGAGCAGCAGAUCUUGUCGGGCAUCAUGUCCAGACGCAGCCUGCGGCUCGAUGACGGGCUGUUGGACCGCAGCCUGCCGCUCAGCAGCGCCUCCUUCAGCGUGGGAGGAGGCGGCUGGAGGAACGCCAGGUCAUUGAAGUCUCACCGUUCUCAGCAGCACUCGGCCUCCUGCUCGGAGUCUCUCCUCCUCAGCACUCCUUGUAAACUGGCCGGUCAGCCGCCGCUCCUCAACAGCAGCCUCCACAGCGUGGCCUCGGACGCCUCCCUGCUCUCCUCCCUGCUGGACGAGUCCUCCGUCCAGGAGACGACGCUGGUCGACACCUUCUGGGGUUUGGACCACGACGUGGAUCCCAAAGAAAGCACCGUCAUAGCGGAGCAGACCCUGCUGGCGGACCGCACUCUGAUUGGUUCAGACGGCCGCUGUCCCAAACACCCGGUCCAGACGCUCAGCAGGGUUUACUGUAAGGACUGCGAGCUCUCCUCAGACAGGAGGGAGGCCGUCGCCUCCUACUGCUCCUCCUCCAAAUACACUCCCGCCUCGCUGACGGGGCCGGGACCCUCGGAGCCCGCGGGCCAGGAGACCUCCACCAUCUACAGCAGAGACCGGAGCCGCAGGAGCAGGACAGAUGUGCUGCGGCUGUGGCUGGACUCGUCUCUGCCGUGUGUCAGGAGAGCGGCGGCCUGCUGCGUCUCUGUGCUGACGCGCACCUGGCAGGUGUGCCGGGCGCUGGCCUCGCAGGUCCACGCACGGACCGCUCACAGACGAGGAGGUACUGACUGUCAGAGGCUGUCCGCCUGACACACGGGUCCAGAA